CUCAGUUCUCUGACCAAAUGGAUUACUGUGGGGUUUUGUUUUAGCAAGCUGUUUGUGCAGUUACCUGGCAUAGUGCCUGGCCAUGUGUGCAUCUCCAGCAGGUAGCUCCACUGAACCUAAUGGGGUGUACAGUCUGCACGAGUGUGCAAGAGAGAAGACACUUUUGUCCAUAGGUAUUAACUACUGGUAAUGGGCUAUUAGCACUUCAUAUCUGAAUGGCAUAAGCUUCCAAAAAAUGAUGACUCUCAUGAUCAAUAAGUGCAGUGAAAUACAAACAAACAUACAGUGCUAUGGAAAAAUACUCAGGACUACUCUGGAAGUAGCCAUUUCUGUUCUGGAAGCUGUUUUGCCUUGAAGAGAGAGGAGGAACAGCAGCUGUUUUCUUUACCUCACCUCCAGGAAGCCACCUCUGUGAUUGCUGCGUGUGUGUUGGGACUUCAUUGCACAAGGGAAAUUCCUGUCUCCUGGGUCCCCCUUACCUGCUGCACGCCAGGCUCUGCGUUGUGCUGGGGUGCACAGCACUGCUCAUGGUUCAGCUGGUGCAUCACAGCAGCCUUCUGCAUGAUCCCUUCUUUAUUUCCCUCAUAUCGUCUCAUCUUUUUAUGACUGUUAAUAUUAUUUUUUCCACAGGAAAAUUCAGAUUGAGAAGUGCUCUGAAAGCAUUUCUAAAGCAGGAACGCAAGUGUCACUUGUUCUUACCUUUGGCUGGGGAGUUGGUGUAAGCUAUCAGGUCAGAGCUUAAAAGCUGUAGGAAGGUUAAUAAGUGACCUGAUUUUUCACUAGUGAUAUAGAGGGCUAAUAAAGUAAUUGCUACAGGUAAGUGCAGAAAUUUGGCAAGCCUCUUUACUUGUGUCCUUUUUUGUUUAAAACCUUUGAUCCUGACAGCAGAUAACAUGGGUUGUUUCUGGAGCUUGACUCCAAAAAGGUCUACAAGUCCAGAAGAGGCUCAAGGCACCAAAACUCAAAUAAAAGCACGACUGGGUAUCAUUUUGAGCACCUUCUUUUUGUCUUGCACUCCCUAGCCAUGGGGCUUUGACACGUGCAGACCUAAAGCUGCAGUGGCAGCACAGGAGAGCCCACAAUGAAGGCCAGGCCGUGCAAAACCAAAUAGCUGGCUGUAAAAAUCCAGAGGUGCUAAAAGGGAGAUUUAAAAGCACAAUAGAUUGUUUAGCAGGAACUCAAAUUUUUGUCUCCACAGUUUGCUGAGAGGAGUGAUUUGAGUCUGCCUGAAUAUCCAGUCAGUGCCCCUUAGUGCCUUGCACUCUGUGUGUGUGUAUUUGGUAGGUAGUCAUACCUGGGCCCCGUGCUGCUAAACCACUUCCCAUGCAGUGCUUAUCCUCUGGCUCCAGUGCUUUGUGUGAGAGCUGCUCCUGCGUUCAGCAACGAUUGAAGAUGGCCUGAGGUCUCUGACCACUACUGGGUUCUUCAUGUGCUCCCCGAAGCUGUGGGAUGUGCUCCCCAAAGCUGUGGGAUGUGCUCCCCAGAGCCGAUGGCUGUGUCAGGUGUGAAGAGGUAUCUGGGCACACACAGCCAACCCAAGGCCUCAGGUGCUGUAUUCAUUGCUAAGGGCCUUCAGGGAAUGAGCUGGAGGGCAGGAGAGAACCAUGCUCACAUGCACCCAUUGGCCAGCGUUCUCAUACCCAAAACUGUUUUGUGGGGGCAGAUAUUCCUCACGUUAGUGCUUCUUCCUUGCCUAGAGGAUCAGAAGGCUUUCCAGCAGGGCAAGCAAAGCUACAGUAGCUAAUGAUGUUUUAGUAACUAGGAAUGAUUGAACAUUUUAACAGGUGGCCAUUGGUCUGGGCACUUGGUCUGUUUUGGCAACAUCAGAAUACCUCGUCCGACCUGCAGGAGUUGUUGAAGUUGACACUUGCAGAAGUGAUCCUCCACAGAUUGCAUUCAUGCCUCUCUGGGCACGUGCAGCAGGUGGAUUUCUGUGCUGGGGGAGCUGCAGCUUCCUUCACAAUCUCCCUUCGUGCAGUGGACAACAUCACAGUUACAAUUAAAAUGAAACCUGGUGUUUUACCUGUCUGUCUAAUUCGUGUAAAAAAUGGACCCAGGUUUGAAUUGAAGAUAAGACCAGGGGAAAAUGUGACUUUAACCUUCUCUUGUAACACUCCUGAGAAAUAUUUCAUGAUGGAAAUUCAGAAGAAUAUUGACUGUGUAUCAGGCCCGUGUCCCUUUGGAGAUGUUCAUCUUUACCCACCAGGGCUACCUCGCCUUAACAGGACUUUCAUCUGGGACGUGAAAGCGAGUACAAAAGCUGGACUUGAGCUGAAAUUUUCUGCCCCAUUAAGACAGAUUCAACCAGGAGAGGUGUGUCCAGAUUUAGUUAGCUACAGCAUCAACAGCUGCAUUGAUGCAGCCACGGUCAACAUUGGCACCUUCUGCAGAAAUGGCUCGGUGUCUCGUGUCAAACUGCUUGGAGGAGUCAUCUUGUCUCUGCACCUCCCUUGGAACUUGACUCUCACAACCUCAGGCUUUAACAUUGCCAACAGAUCUUCCAUAAAACGGUUAUGCAUUAUUGAAUCCACUCUGGAGGGGGAGUCUUCCAUCAUGUUGAUGUCCCCAAACUAUCCCCUGGGCUUUCCAGAAGAUGAGCUCAUGACAUGGCAGUUUGUAGUCCCUUCCAACAUGAGAGCGAGUGUGUUUUUCCACGAUUACAGCCUUUCCAAUUGCGAAAGGAAGGAGGAGAGGGUGGAGUAUUACAUACCUGGCUCUGUCAGUAAUCCUGAGGUGUUUAAGCUGAGUGACAGCCAGCCUGCCAAUAUUGCUGGCAGCUUCAACCUGUCUCUGCAGGGCUGUGAUCAGGAUGCUCAGAACCCAGGCAUCCUUCGCUUGCUCUUCCAAGUCGUCGUUCAGCACCCUCAGAUUGAUGAGAAUGUCACUCACGUGGUUGACCUCAGCAAAGAACGGAAUAUGACUGUAACAAUACACUUUGAAGGGUGGCCCAGGCGAACCCCGCUCGUAUCGGAACCCAUGUGCCUGAUCUGCAAGGAUCCUCGCACUUGUGACCGAGUUCUGACCUUGGCCUCUGGCGCCACCUACAAGAUUUCCUUUCUGUGCAAGGACUUAUCCCGCCUGAGGAUCACGGCCGAGAAGGGCAUAAGCUGUGUGGGGAGUCUUCGGUGGUGUGGGAGCAGGAUCUAUUCCCUUUCAGUGCCCAAGACUAUCACCCAAUUGCCAGUCCAACUGCAUAAAUUUAUUUGGAGGGUCAUAGCUCCCGAACUGAUCAAUAUAGAAAUCACAUCUCCGUCCUUGAAACUGCGGCAACACCUCCCAGAGCAGAGCUGCAACACAAGCUACAGCUAUAACAUUUUUAGUGCCACCCCGGAGACAGAGAUGAAUGUUGGUAUAUUCUGCCCUGGUGGAGCCAUUGAAAAGAUUCAGUUGAGGAAUAAUAUCACCGUAUCUUUAAAAACAUUUGGUAAAGGUUUCGUCAAUGAGUCUAAUCAUCAAGAUCUGAAAAUGUCUUUUGUGCCACAUAUUAAAGACGAGUGUACUUUUACUGUGAGUCCAAAUUCAAAAGCUAAAACCUACUUACAGACUCCCAACUCACUUUAUGGUCUACCCCCUUACGUCUCCAUCUCCUGGUACAUCAUUGUGCCCAGUCAGCAAGUUGCCCGCCUGGGGUUCUCCACGGACCGCAUGGGCAUUGCUUGUGAGACAGGGCGUGCCUACCUCAACAUAAAGGAACAGAUGCCUGGGGCAGAGGAAACCGUGCGCCGUGAGGAUGAGCUGCUGCCUCAGCCCCGAAAUAUGCAUCAUAACUUCUGGGUAAACGUCUCCAAUUGUAAGCCUGUGGACCCGAUGCAACUGACCUUGAAAUUCUGGGUGACUUUUGUUGAAAAGCAGAUAGAUCUAGCAGUGAUACUUGGUGUACUGGCUGCGGCUGGAGUUCUUGCAGCUAUUGGACUCACUGUGUGCUGUAUUAAGAAGAAGAAGAAGAAAAACCAGAAUCCCAUGGUGGGUGUAUACAAUGCAAAUGUCAAUACCCAGAUGCCUGGAAAGCAACGCUUGUUCCAAAAAGAUAGGAAAACCAACGAGUCCCACGUCUACGCAGUUAUCGAUGAUGCUAUGGUCUAUGGGCACUUGCUGAAGGAAUCCAAUGGCUCAGUCACUCCAGAAGUUGAUGUGUACCAGCCUUUUGAUGGGCCCACGGGUAGCUUGCCACCUUCUCCACCUCCAUUCUCCUUUAGAAAAGACAUAAAACACUCUCCUAACACAGAGGAACCUCCACUUCUGGCAGAAACAGACCGUGACACUUACACAUUUGCUCAUCAGAAAUCAGGGGACCUGGAGGACAGUGGAGACGAAAAUGAAAACAAUAAUGGUGAUACAAGCAUGUCCUUGCUGGAGAAUAAGGAACAGAACAGCUUAGAAGAGUAAUUUUAUGCCAGGCACGGUAGUUUCCUGUGGAAAUCCAGACAGCCUGCAAGGACAAAUGUCCAGGGAAAAGAUAGCAGAAGAGGAGUGUUAUUUUUAAGUAUGUUUUGAUAUUAUUUUUGCUUUGUUGUUUGUGUUGUUGUUGUUGUUUGUGUUGUUUUAAUUCAGCUGUUGGUAGCUUCCAGUUUUAGAGUGACUAUCUGGUAAAUUCAAGCAUUGGAGCACUCUGAAAGCAUGUGAGUUGUGAGAUCGAUGUGGGAUGGAUGGCAGAGGUAUGCUCUUGCUUUCUAUUAUCAAGACAUCAUGAAAAGGAAUUCAUAACAAUAGCAAUUUAAAACUGUGCUAACGAAUCCAGUGGAAAGUGUGUUUUGUGCAGUAUUCCCUCCUUUCUCACAAGUCAUUUAACCUGAGUGUUGGCUGGUGACUUUUUGAAGGCAUAGGCCACCUCAAGGACUCAAGGCAGCUCCAGAUUGCACAGGUAUGGAUUCCUUCUCCUAAUGUCUAAGCAAAGUAGGAGAGGCUGUCAUGUCUACUACUUGCUGCUUGAAAAUUCAUUUGUAUUUAAUGUAAUGAUUGCAGUGUAAAUGUACUGAACGACCACAUGUAUGCAGCCUGGAAGAGCUCUGUGCAAGUUACUCAGUGUGUAUACUAGAGCUUGGGCUUGCCUAGCUCAGAAGUACAGUUCUGUUUUUCUCUAAUUUCCAACUGAUAUUCUAGUACUUCAGCAGCGCUGUGUAAGCCUAUACCAAAGACUGCAUUUUCUUUUGCUUUUUUUCACAAAAACAAUUUUAAAAUUCCAAAACAGUGUGCAGUAGUUUUCAGGUGCCCUGCAGCAUUCACCUUUUGUUGGUUUCUUGACCUUUUUGUCCUAGAGGUACAGGUUUGGUGAGGACAUAACAGUGUAGCCAUCCAGCUGUUUACUAACGCAUUUCACUUCAACCCAUAGAUGCUUGUUUAUCUAAUAAGGUUAAAAAGGGGGAUAAAGAAAAUAGAUUAUAUUCCACAGCCUGUUUCUCUGAAGUGUAAAGCAUAUGAGUGAAUCCUUAAGAGAGGCCUGUGUUUUGGUUUUUUGGCCGUCAGUCUAAACUUAGCAAUCACACUGAAACAAUGUUGGACACAGCUCUUGAUUUCUCCUGGUACUUCACUUCAGUUAUCUGGCUCCUCUGAAAUACACCUCUUGCAAUAAUAAUUUUCAUUUUUGAGUGCUGUACUUAGCUUCCCCCUCAGUUCCUGUGCCUUCUAAAACAUGAGGGUCAUGUCCUCACUCGCAGCACUACAGGUAUUUGAAUCGAGUUGCUUUUUGUACACAAACAUCUGGCUUGUCCAGGUGUGCAGUUACUGAGGAUGUUUGCAAUUUUGCAUGCAAAGCUAGAUUCAACUUGAGAAUUACUCUCAAUUGUUCUGACGCCUGCUUGUCUCAUGAUGCUCAAAGGUGCCACAUGAUUUAUAGGAGGUGUUGCAUGCAUGACAUUAUGUUUAUAUUAAUGUCUAAAAUGAAAACAUCUUUACUAGGAACAUUACAAAAGAAAUGUGGAUUUCUUCUUCCGUUAACUAUGCUGGCAUUGCAAAUGACUGUGUUAAACAAUCAAGUGUGCCUGCUUAACAGUGUAUACCAAUAUGCAAUUAAUUAUAUCUGAUCUGACUCAAUUUUCUGUGGCAUACAGGGAAACGUAUGCCAGCUGGAAGUGCCUUUUUAUCGCUUCGUGUACUUUUUAUGCUUAUGUUUCGCACUUUUAAUACAGAAAUAUGUACUCCUAGAUCUGUGGCUGGUCACUGGGGUCACAUAUUUCUAAGUGUACUGGGAGUGUUUGGAUGCCAUUUGACAACUUCAAAAGAUUUCUCCAGUAACAUUAGCUGCUUUUUCUCAGGUAACUGAAUGGCCACUGGAUGUUUUAUCAGGGCAGCCCAUCUGUUCAUUCAGGUGGUCAAUGCUUCCUUCUUUCUUUCUUUCUUCCUUUCUUCCUUUCUUCCCUUCUUCCUUUCUUCCUUUCUUUCUGUCUUUUUUUGAAAAUAAAUGUGUUUCUGAGAGCAACUCAAGGCUGUCUCAUCCCUCUGGCUCAGUUUCUGCAGCUGCUUAGGUGAAAUCUUCUAGUUCAUGUUCUUUCUGAACAACUGAUGGAAAGGGAACAGAGGUCAAGCUUUUGUUUACAACAUCUCGAAAUUUGAAGGAGGAAUAUGAUGCUUGUUCACUGUUGUGUUUUUUUCCUUUUGUUCUAUUUUAACUCAGCUUUUGGUACGGUGAUAUAAACGUCAGUUUACAGUUGUUUUCACUCUAAGGUUGACUUCUACUGUGCUUACUUCAUGUUUUGAAUAAGAGUACAGGUGCAAAUUCAAGUUUACUUUUCCCUCAGAUAAAGUUGUGACUUAAUUUUUUUUUAAUAAAUAAAACAUAACUAUAUUACCAGCUGAA